AUGAAGCUAAGCUUGACCGCCUUUCGCGCGGACGCGCCGGAAUUCGUGCCGCGAGGUGAGCUGUUCGAGACACCGGCCAAAGAGGCAGCAGAGGAUGACUUUGUGGAGAGCCGCUUCAAGAUGCUGCGCGUGCGUCAAGCUCUCGCGGAGGAGUCCAAGAUCCCCGAUGCAGGCGACAGCCCUCUUCAAGUGAAAGCUAAGCGCGUGCAGGUUGCCGAGGAUCUGCGUGGGGCAGGUCCAGAGCCGCUCCUUCUCGCCCGGGCGUCCCAGGCCGCUCAGCGCCAGGCUCGGCAGGAGACAUUUGCACCAGGGAAUUACGCCAAGGUGCCGCUGACUCCCGGGCCACAGCCUCCCAAAGGCUCCGAG